AGGAGAAGUCAGGAAGUUGCUCUGGAGACUGGACAGUGCAGCUGCUAGGACCUGCAGUCCACGGAAAGCUUUAUCAUCGUGUCCAACAUGUCUAAAAACCCGGACUCUGGCCGCUUCAGGAAAGUGGACGUUGAUGAAUACGACGAGAACAAGUUUGUGGACGAAGAGGACGGAGGAGAGAACCAGGGCGGGCCGGACGAGGCUGAGGUGGACUCUUUGCUCAGACAGGGGAACAUGGGAGGAGCUCUCCAUGCUGUACUGAAGAAUCCUCCGAUCAACACCAAGAACCAGAAUGCCAAGGAGCGAGCAGAGAUGCUGGUGGUCAAAGUGCUGAGCAGUUUUAAGAGCAGUGACAUAGAGAAGGCUGUGAGCUCUCUGGACAAAGCUGGAGUGGACCUGCUGAUGAAAUACAUCUACAGAGGCUUUGAGACGCCUUCAGACAACAGCAGCGCUGUGCUGCUGCAGUGGCAUGAAAAGGCUCUGGCGGUGGGAGGAGUGGGCUCCAUAGUCAGAGUGUUGACUGCCAGGAAGACGGUCUGAUACUCCAGAUCCCACAGAGUCCACCUGUAGGGGACAUUGGACCGUCAUCUGGCCAAACAGCACAUCACCAGAGCUGAAUAACGCUUUCUGUUUUUGGACUUGGUGUUUCUACUGAAGCUGAGUGCGUCCUGAUGCAGUUCUUCUUUCCUGCGUUUUAUUUUUUUUCCUCCUUCACUAUUUUCACCCCCUCUCUGGAAUAUAGCCGUGCUGGCAGUCAGGCAGGGAGGUGCUGGCACCUCCAGCUGUCUGUGUGUGCCGGCCAUGCAGAGAGAACAAACACAUUUCUCUCCAAAGCAGCUCCCGCUCAUCUCAGACGACCUCAGUGCUACUCUGACACCUCCGCUGGCUCCCUGUGAUAUCGCUCCUCCUCCUCUUCCUCCUGUCCUCCUCCUCCUCCUCCUCCUCCUCCUCCUGUGAAGCUCUGAGUCAUCCAGGACAAGGACAUGGAAAAGGUUGUUGUAGGAUGGACUGUCAAAGACUGGUGACCUGUCCAGGGUGUUUCCCUGCCUUUUGCCCAGUGCAUGCUGGGAUUGGAGUUAGGUUUUCCCUUAUUAUUCUAACUUUGUGAACAUCUCUGUUUAUUGCCUUUUUUUCUACUUACACCACAUUUUUUAUAUCUGGAAAAAGCAAAACUAAAUCAAUAAAGCUGAUAAUGGAC